AUGGAUUCAAUUGACUAUAAAGAAGCUAAAUUCAAAUUUUUAGGAAUUAGAAAACACUUUUUUAUAGAUGUAACUUAUCACAUUACGGUUUUUGAUGAAAUAGUUGUUAUGGGAAGGGUAAAACUCAUCAAUAAAAUUUAGACAGCAGAUUGCCAGAAUCCUAAAUACAGAAUUAAACUGAGUCUAGAUACAAAAAUUAACUGGGAGAUAAUUAAGAGUAGAAAAGAAUUAGAGUACUUUGAAAUUGUUUAUUAAAAGAAAAAGAAGAUUUUUCAUGCCUAAGCAAAGGAUUUAUUAAAGUACUUUUAACUUCAUCUUAUUUAAGAUUUAAAUAACUUUUAGCUGGAAAGAUAAUGUUUGAGGGAAUAGGAGACUUAUUUUAACCUUUAUUUUAGGUUGGUAAAGGAAGUUCAGCAAAAGUAUGAAAAUAUACAAUUUAUUAAGGUGUACAGUGCAAGAAAUGUUUUAGAUAAUAGAGUUUAUGCAGUUAAAGCAAUCUAAAAGUCUUUUUUGAAGCUUUCAGAAAAUGGAAGUGGAAUGGUAUAUAUUAAAUAAAAGCUUAGUAAGCAUUUUAAUCUGAAAUAUAAAUCCUAAAAACAUUAUCAUAAUAUGAACAAAAUUUCUUAGUUCUGAGUGAGAUCUAUGAAGGAGAUAGUACCUUUUAUUUGGUAACUUCUUAUUUGGAAGGUUUAAGUUUAAGUGUAGAAUUGGAAAAAGCAAAGGUGAAUUUUAAUAUAUAAAUUAAAUAGACUCUUCCAUAGUAAAGAUUACCAGUUUAAAGUAUAAAAAUGAUAAUGAAGAAAUUAUUCACUAAUUUAAAAAUACUUCAUUCUCUUAAAGUACAUAUAUAUAUAUAUUAAUAUUAGAUAAUUCAUCGAGAUUUAAAACCUGAUAAUUUGAUGUUUGCUAGAAAGAAUGACUAUUCCUCAUUGGUUUUAGUAGAUUUUGGCCUUGCAACAUUAGAACUUGUAGAUUAGUAAUCAACUGAAAUUAUAUAAGAUAUUUAUUUCCAAAGUGUGGGACACCUGGUUAUGUAGCUCCUGAAGUAUUAAGUUCAAGAAGAGAUUAAAAGUAUAAUAGUAAAGUUGAUAUAUUUUCUGCUGGUUGCAUAUUUUAUAAAUUACUCACAGGACAAAGUUUAUUUCAGGGAUAGAAUUUUGAUGAAGUCUUAAGAUCAAAUAGACAUUGUCAUAUUAAUUUAGAAUUACCUAUAGAUGGAAAUUAUAUAACAGAUUAAUCAUUAGUAUGUUUUAUAUAAUUUAAUUUAGGAUUUAUUAAGAAAAAUGUUGAAUACAAAUGGACAGAUUAGAAUUUCUGCUAUAUAAGCUUUACAACAUCCUUUUAUUGAUUCUACUAACUAAUUUAGUACUUAAAUUAUAUAAACUACUGGUUAAUUAGGGAUUAAAAAUACCAUUUAUCAAUUAAAUCUGGCAGAAUUUGAAUCUAAAUAUAAUAGUUAAAAUGAAAUUGGAGAUGAAUAGAAUUAUAAAAUUAAUGAUCUAAAGAGAUAUUCUUUUAUAACUGAAGUAUAAUAAUAGAUGUCUUUAUCAGCCAAAAGAAGUAGUGGUUAAUUUUCAGGAACAUUCUAUUAAAAGGAUCCAUUAUCAGCUCUAAGAACAUUAAAAUUAUAUACAGAAACUUCAUAACCACUUAAAAAUAGUAGUCAUUCACAGCAUUCAGUAUCAUAAUUUUGA